ACAGAUAUUGUGAAUUUGAGAGCGGGUGAAAGAAAUCAGAACGUCACCUCAAGGUUAAUUAGCCAACUAAUCUGGAAAGCGUUUGUACUAGAUUUAAGAAACUACGUGGGAUCAAAUAAUUAGGACCCUUGAAAGUUUUCUUGUAUUCUCACGGAUAACAAAGUGGAAAAGUUAUUGGAAAACGUUACGAAGUCGUUUGAGCUGUGUUAAUUAAAUGAUACUUUAGUAACUUACUAUUAAUCGCCAGGUUCUGUUGUCAAGCGCAUGCAACCGACUUACUAUCAACUUCAUAUUGAUGAUGUGUCGCACGUUUCAAAGUUUCCUUUCAAGAUAUCUUAACUUGUUUGUCUUCUAUGUUUUAGCAUCCCGAGACAUUUGAUUUGUUCAUAGAUCAUGUCUGAUAAUGAUGAAACCAUCGGUCCUUUGCCGACCGGAAAUGCCGGCGAGGUCGAUUAUAAUGAUCAAAACGAACCUAGAGACGAUACAGUUGGUCCUUUACCAUCUGAAAUGAUGCAGUUUCAGGAAGAUGUUAGUGAAGACGGUGAUUCUGUACCAGUUCCUAAAAAGAAACGUAAAGUCCUUAAAGAUGAAGCAAUUUACCUACGUAAUAUCCCAGUAGCUCAAUACUAUGAAAUAAGUUAUAUGCAUAGAAAUGUGAUAACACAUGUUGCCUACUCAAAAACUCACUAUUUGAUGACGUGUAGUAAUGAUGGUCAUCUUAAGUUUUGGCGAAAAGCUGAUGGUGUUGGACUAGAGUUUAUCAAACACUACCGAGCACAUUUAGGAGCUAUUCUUGGCUUGUCAGUUAGCUGUGAUGGUGAAUUAGCCUGUACUGUUGGUGAUGAUAAAACUGCCAAGGUUUUUGAUGUUAUUAAUUUCGAUAUGAUCAGUAUGAUGAAAUUAGAUUUUUCACCUAGUGGGUGUUGUUUCAUUUAUACUCCAAAAGAUGAGGUCACUGCAGUUGCCAUAUCCGAUCAGGAUAGUUCUAAAAUUCGAAUAUUCGAUGCACGUAGCAAAGGUGAAUUAUUACAUACUAUUGAAAAAUUACAUGAAGCGCCUAUAGUUUGUUUAGCGUUUAAUCCUGUAUAUGCAUGUGCACUAAGCGCUGAUUCCGACGGUAUGUUGGAAUGUUGGUCUGGUCCAAAGAAUAAUUACAGUUUCCCACAGACACUUAAAUGGGAAUAUAAAUCAGAUACAGAUUUUUAUUGCUUACUAGCUGAAAAAACCUUUGCAUUCAGUGUUGUGUUCUCUCCAUCUGGUGAGAUUUUAGCAGUUCUUGGAGCAGAUAGAAAAAUUCGAUUAUUUCGUUUUUCUACCGGAAAAUUAAUUCGUGUUUAUGAUGAAAGCCUUCAACAAUAUUCUAAUUUACAACAGACUAAACAACUGUUACCUAGUAUGGAAUUCGGUCGCCGUUUGGCACAGGAAAAAGAACUUGAUCGUUCAGAAUUUAAGCAUAGUUGUAACUUAGUGUUUGACUCUUCUAGUAAUUUUUUAGCCUACGCUACGUUAUUAGGCAUAAAAAUUAUUAAUAUCAUAUCGAAUCGUGUAGUUAGAAAUCUUGGUGGACCAGAGAAUCUGCGUUUUAUUCAACUUGCUUUUAUGCCACCACGUAGUACUUCAAUAUUUUAUGGUUCAACUAACAUUGGUUCUGGGACAUCAUCUUGUGUGCCUAGUUUAGAAAUGCUUGCUAUGGCAAAUGAUUCAUUAACCGCGAGUAACAAUAGUGCCACUCCGUGUAAUUCAACAAUGAUGUGUACACCUGUAAUAGUAUGUACUGCAUUCAAGAAAAAUCGUAUCUAUUUAUUUACAAAUCGUGAACCACAUGAUGUAAAGUCUGAUGGUGAUACAGUCACAUCAGGAUCUACUGCCGAACGUGAUGUAUUCAAUGAGAAACCAACUAAAGAAGAAGUAUUAGCUGCAACAAGAGAUUCAGCAACAGCUGCUUCACGAUUAGCUGGUAGCGCUAUUCUACAUACAACUUUAGGUGAUAUACAUAUUCGUUUAUGUCCUAGAGAAUGCCCUAGAACAGUAGAGAAUUUUGUUGGACAUUCAAGAGCUGGCUAUUAUAAUGGUCAUAUAUUUCAUAGAGUUAUUAAAGGUUUUAUGAUUCAAACUGGUUGUCCUUUAGGCACGGGUACCGGUGGAGAAUCUUUAUGGGGUGGUGAAUUCGAAGAUGAAUUUCAUCCUAGUCUAAGACAUGAUCGACCAUACACUGUCAGUAUGGCUAAUGCCGGUCCUAAUACUAAUGGUUCUCAAUUCUUUAUAACUGUUGCUCCAACUCCUUGGUUAGACAAUAAACAUACAGUAUUUGGUCGUGUUAUCAAAGGUAUGGAAGUUGUUCAAAAGAUAUCGAAUAUUAAAACAAAUCCAAAAAAUGAUAAACCAUUAGAAGAUGUAAAUAUUAUUAGUGUAACUGUAAAAGAUUUAGGCGCCGGUAUUUAAUUUAGAAAAUAUAUUUUAAAAAUGUAAUUGAUUUUUCUAGUUCCUUUAUUUAAAGUUUGACCCUUCCUCGUAAAACAGAAAUACACAUUGUAAAAAGUCACUUUUUUGUUUUGGUGUAUGUAUCAAUUGUUAAAUGCUUCAAUGGUUUUGUAUAAAUAUAUAUAGCUUCAAUUGA